GUUCCAUGAUAGACGACGUCCUUCGCCUUAUAAAAACAACAGAUUAGAAGAAAGCAGAUUGGAAAACACUGGAAAGUAUUUCUUUGAGGAAAAGAUGAGGAUCAUGUUUCAUGAUUCAAUCAUCCCACAAAAGUCACAGUUUUGAAUAACAGCAGUACCAGGAAUUUUAAAAUCCUGGCUGAGGGUAGUUCCGUUGAUUUGGUCCCCGCUGAAACCUUCUCUUUCUCUCCUGCUGGUAAAACGAGACAAUUUCUGUGAAGGAGCACUCCAACAUUCUCUUCUUUUUAAAACUCUUACCAGAAAAUAAAAAUCUUUGUAGCCGUUGCCGUUAUUGACUUGCUUGUUUCCUCCUCUUUCCUAUUAAAAACUCGGAGCAUGCCAACUUUUUUCCUCAUUCUUUAUGCUUUCUCAUUGCUUUGGUCUUAAACCGAAAAGCUUCCCUGUUGCUUUCACCUAAAGGGUCAAGAUUUUCUGCUUCUCUCUCACUGAAUGCAGCUUUUGAUCACCCAAUAUAACAAUCCAGACAGUAUCUCAUGUCGUUUCUACCGGCACGAAAAGGGAGACACAGACAACGGUACGAGGAUCAUCUGAGGCUUGUAGCUGGGUGUAUUCCAUACAGACUCAAGAAAGAUGUUGAGGAUAGAAACGGCAAUGUCACCAGCAGGAUUACUGUUCUCAUGAUAUCCACGCCCAAUCGUGAUGAUCUUGUGUUCCCUAAGGGUGGAUGGGAAGAUGAUGAGACUGUUCAUGAAGCUGCAUGUCGCGAGGCCUUGGAGGAAGCCGGAGUGAAAGGAAUACUUGAUGAGAAUCGACUAGGAGUUUGGGAGUUUAGAAGCAAGAGCAAACAGAACAGCUGCAGCCUGGAAGGUGGUUGUAGAGGUUAUAUGUUUGCCUUGGAGGUGACUGAAGAACUUGAGUCAUGGGCAGAGCAGACUACCUACAAGAGGAAAUGGCUUUCCCCAGAAGAAGCGUAUAAAUUUUGCCGGUAUGAGUGGAUGAGAGAUGCUCUUCAAGUAUUCUUAGCAGGCAUCAAGAAAGACAGGAUGAGUGGGAGGGCAGAAAAGCUGGCGGAUCUCCCCAUGUUCCCAGCGGCGGAUGCCCUGGCAGAGCAUCAGAUGUCUUUGACCAAGUGUAUUGUGCAGGGUUAAUGAGACGUAGACAAAUGUUUUCAGUUAGCUGCUUGCCAUCAUUAGCGGUUGAAUAUUGGGUCACAUUCAGUCUUCUAGUUUCCUCUUCUCGUACAUUUCUGUGAAAACUAGCAAACGUGGAGAAGAAAUGAAGUAGGCGUCUUUGUUAAUAUUAAUGGAUUCCCCUCCCAAAAGGAAUUCCUUUUCUUAAUCAAACCACCAUUUACCUGCUUCUCAGUGCCACUCACAUCCUUUUCUGAUUGCAAUUAGCUUUCAACCCAUAAAAUGCAAUGCAUUUCUUGUUAUACAAUUAAAUUUUAAUUAA